GUGUGUUUGUUGUUUUUGUGUAGACUGAGCAAGGUGAGCUUGAGCGGCUGGUUCCACAUGUGAUGGUGGGUUGUCCGAUAGCUAAAUAAAGUUUACACUCUCGCGAAAUCAAUCGGGGCUGGCUUCGCUACGGACUCACGAGUUUAUGUGUUUUUCGAAGUCUACCCGUUUCUUUAGUCUAACGAACGAUGAGUGGCGGUAACGCCCCCACGACUUGGACCAGUCUGCGUCCCGCUUUGAAUCCGGCUGUGCUGCUCACAUUAUCACGUAUGAAGUUCUCUACCAUGACACCCGUUCAGGCCACUUCGAUUCCCUUGUUUUUGGCCAAGAAAGACGUGGCGGCCGAGGCUGUGACCGGUAGUGGCAAGACACUGGCCUUUGUGGUGCCUUUGUUGCACACGCUGUUGUCUCUAGAGAGCCCACCGAAGAAACACGAUGUGGGAGGCAUCAUUAUUAGUCCGACUAGAGAAUUGGCCUCUCAGAUAAGUGAGGUCAUUGAAGAGUUUUUGCAAGAGAGCAAAUCCAUAACUCAAUUAUUGUUGAUUGGGGGCAAGCCGUUAGAGACGGAUCUCAGCCUGUUCGAAGAGAAAGGCGCCAAUAUCAUCGUGGCCACUCCGGGUCGUUUGGAAGAUAUCCUUAGUGGGAAAUCCAAAAGUGUGCCUACAGCAUUGAGAAAUGGAAUCAAAGCUUUGGAGAUCUUGGUUUUGGACGAGGCCGAUCGAUUGUUAAGCCUCGGGUUUGAAGCCUCUAUCAGUAGCAUUUUGUCGUUGCUGCCGAAACAAAGGCGCACCGGUUUGUUUUCCGCCACCCAAACUAAGGAUGUUGAAAAACUGAUACGCGCGGGACUGAGGAAUCCGGUUUUGAUUUCGGUGAAAGAGAAAGAUCAACCAAACAGUACGGAACGGACCCCAAGCACGUUGGCCAAUUAUUACAUCAUCAACGAGCCCCGUGACAAAUUUGCCAACUUGGUUAAUUUUCUAAGCGAUCCUCUGCGCGAAUCUGAAAAACUCAUGGUGUUCUUUGCUACUUGUGCUUGUGUCGAGUACUUUUCCAUUAUCCUUGAGCGACUUUUGAAGCAAUUGAAAAUAUUUGCCAUUCACGGCAAAAAAUCCAAGCGUCAUAGGGUGUUUGAGGAUUUCCGUAAGGCUCCCACAGGUCUAUUAGUAUGCACAGACGUGAUGGCGAGGGGAAUCGACAUCCCCGAGGUGAACUGGGUGCUGCAAUUUGAUCCUCCCUCUAAUGCCGAGGCUUUCGUCCAUCGCUGUGGAAGAACCGCGAGGAUUGGUCAUGCAGGCACUGCUGUUCUGUUUUUUCUUCCAACGGAGGAUGCCUAUGUCGACUUUAUUAUCAUAAAUCAGAAGGUUACUCUCAAGGAAAUGCCGGCUCCGCGCUUUCAAAACAAAAGCAACCUUGUUUCGCAACUCCGUGAUUGGCAGAAAAAUGACCGGACCGUUUUUGACCUGGCGAAUCGGGCGUUCGUCUCAUUUGUACAAGCAUAUUCCAAGCACGAAUGCAAGUAUGUUCUUCGCCUCAAAGAUUUUCCUUUCGGUGAAUUGGCCAUGGCAUUUGGUCUUCUGAAGAUGCCGCGUAUGCCCGAGCUGAAAUCGGUCAGGAUUCAAGGAUUUUCUAAGGGUCAGCACCAUCUGAACGAGAUCAAAUACAAAGACAAACUCAAGGAAAAAGCAAGACAGGAGAAAUUGAAGGUCUUUCAAGAGACUGGGUCUUGGCCUGGCAUGAAGAAAGGACCCACUGCCAUCAGAAAUCCAAGCACCCAAGCUUGGUCUAAUAAAGUGGACCAGAAAGUUCAGAAGCAGUUGCGAGCCAAGAAGAAACAGUUGAAAAAGCGGAAAGGACACGAGAAGGAUGACAAUGACCAGCCAAGCUCUGAGAGUAGAUUUAGUGAAGGCCCAUGCACGUCACAAGACGACAUCGACGAGUUAGAAAUGGACUACAAGAUGCUCAAGAAAAUACGAAGGGGCAAGAUGAGCAAGGAAGAAUUUGAUAAGGAAAUCGAUUUGGACAUCGAUUUGGACCCGACUGAAACCAACACGGAAUGAAUGAGCCCUUCUUUUGUUCUAAGGUGGCUUGAUGGCUUGGCUGUGAUUUGGAAUGAUCAUCGUUUUUGGUUGGUUACAUGAAAUACAAUUCUGAGAACCUCUUAA